AUGAAACCGUCACAACCGAGCAACCGCAUUAUUGAUCAGCUCAUCGCCGCAAUGAUUCAGAACCGAACAUUCGACGCCGUUCUCGCAUCGUCAACGGUCUCCCGUCCGUGGAGUCAACAGCUCGUCUCCGAUAUCCUCCGCUCUAUCCCCAGAUUCUUCUUCACCUCCCCACGAUCAAUCGGCCGGCAAAAAGGUUUUCGCCACCGGUCACCGUUAAAACAGAGAAACCUCCGAGAAGAAUCCGUAAGACGCCGUUCUGAAGUCUUAGUUCUGGGUCCCGGCGCGUAUAUGGAUCCUAAGAAAGUCUCACUCGGUUUGCAGAAAGCAACCGAGUUCUUCUUCUGGAUCGAGACCCAUUUCGGAUUCGACCACAACGAAAUCACUUGCAGAGAUAUGGCGUGUUUGUUCGCCAAAGGAAACGACUUUAACGGUCUCUGGGAAUUUCUCCGGCAAGUCUCUAGAAAACAGAACGGAGGAGAACUGGUGACAACGUCGUCUAUAACGUGUUUGAUGAAAUGCCUAGGAGAAGAAGGUUUUGUGAAAGAGGCGUUAGCUACAUUUUACAGGAUGAAAGAGUAUCACUGCAAACCGGACGUUUACGCUUACAAUACAAUCAUCAACGCUCUUUGCCGAGUUGGGAAUUUCAAAAAGGCUCGGUUUUUGUUGGAACAGAUGCAAUUACCGGGCUUUCGGUAUCCACCGGACACGUACACUUACACCAUUUUGAUAAGCUCGUACUGUAGAUAUGCGAUGGAGACUGGAUGUAGAAAGGCGAUAAGGAGGAGGAUGUGGGAAGCUAAUCGAAUGUUUAGGGAAAUGCUCUUCAGAGGAUUUGUGCCUGACGUGGUGACUUACAAUUGCUUGAUCGAUGGAUGUUGCAAAACGAAUCGGAUCGGUCGGGCUCUGGAGCUGUUUGAGGAUAUGAAGAAGAGAGAGUGUGUCCCGAACCAGGUGACGUAUAACUCUUUCAUAAGGUAUUAUAGUGUUACUAAUGAGAUAGAACGUGCGAUUGAGAUGAUGAGGAUGAUGGAGAAGAUGGGUCACUGUGUGCCUGGUUCGAGCACGUACACGCCGGUGAUACACGCUCUUGUUGAGACCAGGAGAGCGGUCGAGGCUCGGGAUAUGGUGGUGGAGAUGGUGGAGGCCGGGUUGGUUCCGAGAGAGCAUACGUAUAAGCUGGUGUUGGAUGCUCUGAGCUCAGAAGGAAUAGCGGAUACACUUGAUGUAGAGCUGCAUAAGAGAGUGAGAAAAGGAAUAGAGCAGAGAUGUACAAGAGUCAUGAAGAUCAAACCAGUCAUGGCUCGAAAAGAGAUUGUGUGGACAUGA